AUGGCCCUUUCUACAUUACCUAUACAAACGAUACGAUCUCCCAGAGAGAGCAUACAUCUACUCUUGAGUCGAUGCUCUGUCGAUCUCCAAACGCAACGAACGAUCCCAUUCGACAACGAACUACUUUCGCUGGUGUGCAAAGAAGCAGUCCGCCAUGGCGUCAUCCUGGACCCAGACACCCCAGGCUCAUUCAUACCAUACAUGAAGCAAGGAGCCGACACUAUCUCCGCCUGCUUCUCCCACCUUCAGGACAUACAAUCUCGCGUAUACAUGAUCCUUUAUCUCGCGUCCUUCUUCUACUUGGACGAUAAAUUCACUCCAUCGGACUCCUCUGAAAACAUGGCCCAGGAACUUUUUAGUUGCGUGAUGGGGAGAAAGGCACCAAGCGAUCCCAUGCAGAAGUUGUACUGUUUUCUUGUGACGGAGGCUCCAAAUUAUUUCCCAAAUCCACCCACGUCGAAUAUCAUCGUUACAGGGAGCCUGAACUUUAUCACAGCUGCCAUCCUUGAAUACCUCCGUCGGCUGAAAGAUAUACAAGAUUCGCCAGAGAUGUCUGGCUUUAACGAAGUUAUGGGAUUAUUCAUAUUCUCAUCUUCCGUUCCUUUCACUACGUACAUUACGGCUGUGCCAGACCUGAUGGUAUUCAUAGGAUCUGCCAAUGACGUUCUCUCUUUCUACAAGGAAGAGAGUGCCGGCGAAUCAACGAACCAAGUAUCUCUCCUUGCUUCGUGCUCAAAAUGCCCCAAGAUUGAGACUGUCAAGCAGCUCGUGGAUAUCACCGUUGAAGCGCAUCGCAACAUUCUAGAUAUCCUUCGCCCGAACAAAGUGGCUUUGGAUGCGUAUAUGAGUUUUAGCGAUGGGUAUCUUCGAGCACACAUUGGAAUCUCUAGAUACCGCUUAGAAGAACUGGGUUUUCAGUCUGGAUUGGUAUUUAACUCUAUGGCGCGCAUGUAGACAAUAUACAUCUUCCUUUAUACUUAUUUUGGAAAAUACCAGAUCAUUUGUGUGCCGAACAGUUCUACGGCAUCGCACAAGUUAACAUGACCAUCACUUCGCCUUGCAUAUUUCAUAGUCUUCCUCCAUCGAUUCGACUGGCGUGCUCCAUUUAUUCCUGGUAGUUCGGCACUAAUGCUUGAGAUACAGAUACAGUCUGAAGACUAGAUUUUACGGCCGCGAGACAGAUUGUGCAAACCCUUUUGAUAUACUUCUCACCGACAGGAGGAGGAAAAGAGACGUAUAGCUGUUAAGAGGGAACUAGAUACCUCUACGGCGCAACAAGCGGACGAA